GACCCACACGCGGUCCGGCGCGGUUGCCGUGGGUCGCUGCGGCGGGGCCCGUGAAGCGUCGUGCUCGUGUCCCCGACUUAGGCCCGACCGGACGUCCCGGUCCCCGACCCGUCGGCAAGAUGGUGAAGCCCAAGUAUAAAGGACGAAGCUCCAUCAACCCCUCCAGGGCCAGCACCAACCCCGAUCGUGUGCAGGGAGCUGGAGGCCAAAAUAUGAGGGACCGGGCCACAAUUCGGCGCCUGAAUAUGUACAGGCAGAAGGAGCGCAGGAACAAUCGUGGUAAAGUGAUUAAGCCUCUGCAGUAUCAAUCAACAGUGGCCUCUGGCACAGUGGCGAGAGUGGAGCCGAAUAUUAAAUGGUUUGGAAACACACGUGUAAUUAAGCAGUCGUCACUACAAAAAUUUCAAGAGGAAAUGAAUGCAGUUAUGAAGGAUCCAUACAAAGUUGUUAUGAAGCAAAGCAAGUUGCCCAUGUCUCUUCUCGACAGUCGAAUCCAGCCGCAUAACUCAGUGGUGCACAUUCUUGAUACCGAAAGCUUUGAAACGACAUUUGGCCCUAAAUCACAGAGGAAGAGACCGAACUUACUUGCCAGUGACAUGCAGGCUCUUGUAGAAAAUGCAGAAAUGUCCACAGAGAACUAUGACCAGGGCAAGGACCGCGACCUGGUGACUGAGGACAGCGGUGUGAGAAAUGAAGCCCAAGAAGAGAUCUAUAAGAAAGGACAGUCCAAAAGAAUAUGGGGUGAGCUCUACAAGGUAAUAGAUUCAUCAGAUGUUGUUGUUCAAGUUCUUGAUGCUAGGGACCCAAUGGGUACUCGUUCCCCUCACAUCGAGACGUAUUUGAAAAAGGAAAAGCCUUGGAAACACCUCCUGUUUGUUCUUAACAAAUGUGAUCUUGUCCCAACCUGGGCAACGAAGCGGUGGGUCGCUGUCCUCUCCCAAGAUUACCCGACUCUCGCCUUCCAUGCCAGUCUCACCAACCCCUUUGGCAAAGGAGCCUUUAUUCAGCUUCUCCGGCAGUUUGGAAAGUUGCAUACAGACAAGAAACAGAUCAGUGUUGGGUUCAUCGGCUAUCCCAAUGUUGGCAAGAGCUCGAUAAUAAACACGCUGCGCUCCAAGAAAGUCUGUAGUGUGGCGCCCAUUGCAGGGGAAACCAAGGUCUGGCAGUACAUCACCUUGAUGCGCCGGAUAUUCCUCAUCGACUGUCCGGGGGUGGUUUACCCAUCUGAGGAUUCAGAGACCGACAUCGUGCUCAAAGGCGUGGUGCAGGUUGAAAAACUCAAGACUCCCGAGGAUCACAUUGGUGCCGUACUUGAGCGCGCAAAGCCGGAGUAUAUCAGCAAGACCUACAAGAUCGACACUUGGGAGAACGCCGAGGACUUUCUUGAGAAGCUGGCUUUCCGGACCGGGAAGUUACUGAAGGGUGGUGAGCCCGACCUGCAGACUGUGGGUAAGAUGGUUCUCAAUGACUGGCAGCGAGGCCGGAUCCCUUUCUUUGUCAAGCCACCCAAUGCAGAGCCUGCUGCUGCCCCCCAGCUUCCAUCCUCUUCAUCUUCGGAAGUUGCCCCAGAAAGGCCCCAGCAGCAGGUGGAAGGGAAUGUGGUUGCCAGCGCUGUGGGUGAAGAGGCGGAGCCUGUCGUGGAGCCUGUCGUGGAGCCUGUCGUGGAGCCGGUGGCGGAGGAGCCCAGCCCGCAGGACCCCAGCUCGGAGAUGCAGCAGAUCCUCGCGCGGGUUCGGCAGAAUUUUGGCAAAAUCAAUGUGAUGCCCCAGUUUUCUGGGGAUGACCUGGUUCCUCUAGAGAUGUCCGAUAUUGAAGAAGAAGAAGAAGAAGAAGAGCCUGAGAGCUCCAGAGAGGAAGAGGAGCAGCAGGAGCCCCUCGAAGAGGAGGAGGACCAUGACAGCAAUGAUGAGUCUUCCUCAGAGUUGCAGGAGGAGCCCACGGGCAGGGACACCACUGAGGUCCUCAGAGCCCUGGAUGAGAAGAUUGCGAAAUACAACAAGUUUUUAAACAAAGCCAAAGCAAAAAAGUUCUCAGCAGUCAGAAUUGCCAAAGGACUGAGUGAAAAGGUUUUUGCAAAACUUAAAGAACCAAGAACAGCAGCUGUCGAAGAAGUCGAAGACACAGCGCCUACCAGAAAGGGAAAGAAGAGGAAGGCCCAGAGGGAAGAGGACCCCUCAGAUCAAAGUGGCAGGAUGCUUACAUCUAAGGAACGAAGGCGAGCAGCCCGCCAGCAGCAGUCCAAAAAAGUUGGUGUCCGUUACUAUGAGACUCACAACGUGAAAAAUAGGAACAGGAACAAAAAGAAGACCAAUGACUCAGAGGGACAGAAACAUAAACGCAGAAAAUUCAAACAUAAGCAGUAGCAUUACAGACGUUUAUUAAAUUAUACAAAAAUAUGCAAUUGUGUCCAUUUUCUUCAUGUCAAGCAGGCAUUUCUAAGGCCAUAGUG